CUGGCCACAUCUCCCAGCAUCUCUCAUCUUAAUCAUGCGCGCGCUGCUCGUUGCACUGGUCGCUCUCGCAGCCUUGGCCCUGGGUACUCACGCUUCCCCGGGUUUCAUGGGCAUGGGGGGAAAGGGAGACUACGACUACUACUACGAUGAGGGAGAGACCGUCAUCUACGUGCCAGUCCAGUACCCAGUCCACCAUUACUCCCAGUCCAGCUCGUAUGGCGGAGCAUACCCGGUCAUGGGGGGCGGCGGUGGAGGAUAUGGCAUGAUGGGAGGUUACGGGAAGUAGAUCACCAUCACUGCCAGCGGAUAUUACACUUAAAAUUUGUGCUGUUUUGGUUUAUUCUCUUUUGUUGUAUUUCCGUCUUUCUGCAAAUGCCAGAAGAAAGAAUUUAGGUUGCCUGUUUUCUUUUUUUUUUUUCGUUUUGUUAACUGUGUGCGGGUGCCAGUUCGUUCGUGUGAAUGUUUUGUUAUUAUGAUUGAUUAAUAAACAAAUAGUUUUGAAAAA